AUGUUUGUCGAAGACAACAAUCCAUCGAUUACUGAAAAUCAAAAACUUACUGAAUCUGAAAACGAUACUCAUAAGUCACAAUCAAUUAAUUCUUGUCAUUCUUAUGUUCAACAAUCACCAUCAAAAAAAAUACAAAAUUAUUUUCAACAUCGAUCUUCUGAAUAUCAACAAGUAAAUAAACAUUCAAAUAAAUAUUAUUCAUUCAUGGACAAACGAACAAAUCAUCUAACUUCUAAUUCAAAUCAAAUAUUCACACAACAUCAAACAAAUAUGAAUAAUGAAUCAAAUAUUCAAGAAUAUUGUCGAUAUAGAAAUGCUACACAAUAUAGUCCAACAAAAGUGUCUAAUUUUCUCUCUCCAAGCUAUUUAAAUAUAACAAAUCGAAAUACUCAUGAAUAUUCAAGAUAUAGAGAUUCUCGAUCUCCACGUAGGAAAUCAACAAGUGAAUUUAAUAAUAUACAUCCAAAAUCCCAUCGAACAUGUCGAACAUUAUCUUAUAAUAAUGAGUCGGAGCGUUUUCCUGUUCCUGACGAUAAAGUGCCUUGGAAUGUUAUAUAUAAUGAUUAUGAACCUUUUGAAUAUACAGCGGAAAGAAUACGACAGAAUCCAAAAACAGAUCCCAUUGAUCCAUCGAAAAUAAAUAAAUUCAAUCAACUUGAUAAAAAUAUUGAUCGUCGAAGUUUUACUGGACAUUAUUAUGUUGAUCCAAUAACGUAUAGACCACGAAAUCCAAUUGGAAGAACAGGACUCACUGGUCGUGGUCGUCUAUAUUAUUGGGGUCCAAAUCAUGCUGGCGAUCCAGUUAUUACUCGUUGGCUUCGUGAUGAAAAUGGCUCAAUCGUUUAUCGUCGAAUCAAUGCUCAUGAUCGUCUAAAACCUAUUCUCGAAUUUGUAGCUAUUCAACGAAAAGAUAAUAAAGAAUGGGCUCUUCCUGGAGGUAUGGUUGAUCCAGGUGAGCAUGUAUGUCAAACAAUAAAACGUGAAUUUCAAGAAGAAGCAAUGUGUGAUAGUAUUGAUGUACAUCGUAUAAAUGAAUUAUUUUCUAAUGGAUAUAAAGUAUAUGAAUCAUAUGUUGAUGAUCCAAGAAAUACAGAUAAUGCUUGGAUAGAAACAGUUGCUGUAAAUUUUCAUGAUGAAACAGGUCACUUAACUAAGAAUAUUCAUCUAAAUGCAGGUGAUGAAUGCGGAAAAGUUAUGUGGUGUCCAAUUGAUCAUAAACUUGAAUUAUAUGCCAAUCAUAAAGAUAUUCUUAAAGGAGUUAUCGAUCGACUUGGUGCAUAUUGGUGA